GCUGGACUGCGCCAGUUGCAGCUGAAUCGGAUGCACCACCUUUUGAAGACUGGGACAUUUCUACUUGGAAAAACCUACAGCACAUCUUGUAUCAGGUGCAGCUCUUCUGAAGUGAAAAUGAUGCGUGCAGUUUGUGUGGAUGAACCAGGAGGACCAGAGACCCUUCAGAUCCAGACUAUCCCUAGACCUGAGCCUGGACCCGGGGAAGUCCUGGUCCGAGUCCACGCCACAGCCCUGAACAGAGCCGACCUCCUGCAGAGGCGUGGUCUUUACCCCCCUCCCCCCGGGGAGAGUGAGAUAUUGGGUCUGGAGGUCUCUGGGAUCGUGGAGAAGACCGGACCCGGGGUUAAGUCCAUGUUUAAACCCUCAGACCGGGUCAUGGCGCUGCUGUGCGGAGGAGGCUACGCAGAGUUUGUAAAUGUUCCUGAAGAUCUUCUCCUGUUUGCUCCUCCAAACAUCUCGAUCUCUGAAGCAGCUGCCAUCCCCGAGGCCUGGCUCACUGCCUUCCAACUACUGCACUUUGUAGCCCAUGUCCAGGAGGGAGAAGUGGUUCUGAUACACGCGGGGGCCAGUGGAGUUGGGUCGGCCGCGGUCCAGCUCGUGCGACUGUUUAAAGCGGUGCCUUUAGUGACAGCAGGAACGCAGGAAAAACUAGCACUGGCCAAGUCACUGGGAGCUGCCCAAGGAUUCAACUACAGAGAGGAGGACUAUGUGGCCGGAGUGCACCAGUUUACAGGAGGCAGAGGAGCAGACGUGAUCCUGGACUGUAUCGGAGGCUCAUGUUGGGAGCAGAAUGUCUCUUGUCUGGCGGUGGACGGCCGGUGGGUGCUGUAUGGGACACUAGGGGGCAGCACUGUCAAUGGAGAUUUACUGAAGAGACUUCUGUCCAAACGAGGCCAGCUCCUCUGCAGCCUGCUCCGCUCCAGAAGUCUGCAGUACAAGUCAUCCCUGAUCAACGCCUUCUCCUCUUUGGUGUUGCCUCACUUCUCUGAUCCUGAGCUCCUAAGGCCAGUGAUCGACUGCGAGUUCAACCUGGACCAAGUCUGUGACGCCCACUUACACAUGGAAGCCAACAGGAACAUGGGGAAAAUCAUACUAAAUGUCAUUCCCAAAACUACACACUGAUUUAAAGAAGACAUACUGUGUCUGCUUGAAUGAUAAUCUAUGACACCUGUGGAAAAUUUGUUUACAUUUUGGACAAGUUAAAUAGCAGUAUUGAUCUAAAUCUACAGGUCCACUGAGUUUCGGAUUGGAAAAUUGUGGAGUCCAGUGAGAGCCGAUUCCUGC